AUGGCAGAAGCUAAUUUUUCUCAAGACCAGUUUAGCUGCUCAGUGUGUCUGGAUGUACUGAAGGAUCCAGUGACCAUUCCUUGUGGACACAGCUACUGUAUGCACUGUAUUACAGACUGGUGGAAACAGAAGAGAGUCUACAGAUGCCCUCAGUGCAGACACACCUUCACUUCAAGACCUGCUUUAUGUAAGAACGUCAUUAUUGCUGAGAUGGUGGAGAAACUGAAGACGACAAAUAUACAAACUUUUCGUCCUGCUCACAGUUACUCCGAACCUGGAGAUGUGGAGUGCGACGUUUGUACUGGGAGGAAAUAUAAAGCUGUCAAGUCCUGUGUGGAGUGUCUGAACUCUUACUGUCGAAGUCAUCUUGAACAACAUGACAAUCUCUUUAAAGACAGGAGACACAAUCUGAUGGAUCCCACUAGACGACUCCAAGAGAUGAUCUGCCCAAAACACAACAGACAGCUGGAAAUCUAUUGUCGUACUGACCAGAAAUUCAUUUGUUUUCUGUGUCUGAUGGACGAACAUAAAAAUCACAACACUGUAGCAGCUGAAGCAGAAAGGACAGACAAACAGAGGCUUUUGGGAGAAACACAAAGAAAGUUCCAACAGGGAAUUCAGGAGAGACAGAAGCAGCUCCAGCAGCUGAGAGACGCUGUAAAGUCUCAUAAGCGCUCUGCACAGGCAGCAGUGGACGACACUGAGAGGAUCUUUACUGAGCUCAUUCGUUCCAUUGAAAGAAGCCGCUCUCAGGUGAUACAGUUGAUCAGAGCUCAGGAAGAGUCUGCAGUGAUUCGAGCUGAAGGACUCUUGGAGCGACUAGAGCAGGAGAUUGAUGAUCUAAAGUGGAGAGAUGCUGAGCUGGAGCAGCUUUUACACACAGACAAUCAUGCCCACUUCCUGCAGAUGUUCCAGUUCAUUGCUGCACCUCCUGAAUCUACAGACUUAUGCAGCACCACAGUCUGUUCUUUCAUCUCUUUUCAUGAUGUGACAAAAUCAGUCUCUCAGCUGAAAGAAAAAUUAGAGGGUUUUUGUAAAGAAGAGGUGGAAAAGAUCUUUGAUAAAGUAACAUGCACUGAUAUGACCACCAAUAAACCAAUGAAGACCAGGGAACAGUUCCUUCAGUAUUCUUUCCAGCUCACUCUGGAUUCAAACACAGUGAAUCGUUUCCUCCGUCUGUCUGAAGAGAACAGAGUGGCUACUUGCACUGACACACCCCAGCAUUAUCCUGCUCAUCCAGACAGAUUUGACGGUUGUGUGCAGGUCUUGUGUAGAGAAAGUGUGUGUGGACGCUGUUAUUGGGAAGCUGAAUGGAGUGGGAGAAAAAGUGUGUGUAUAUCAGUGUCAUACAAGAGCAUCAGCAGGAAGCAAUUGUUUGGAUUUAAUAAUCAAUCCUGGGGUUUGUUCUGCUCUUCAUCCAGUUACGUAUUCAGGCAUAAUAACAUAAAGCUUGAAUUCCCUGUGUCCUCUGGAUCCUCUAGAAUAGGAGUGUAUGUGGAUCAAAGUGUAGGCAUUCUGUGCUUCUACAGCAUUUCUGACACAAUGAGCCUCAUCCACAGAAUCCAGACCACAUUCACUGAGCCUCUUUAUCCUGGGUUUGGGUUUAGUAGUGGAUCAUCAGUGAAACUGUGUAUUUGAGAGAUUCUGCGUAUGUCUCCUUCAUAUACUGGGUAAAAAUUGUGUUAUAAUAUGGGUACAAACAAUGAAGGAUGACUGA